GUUAGCCUGUCCGUUGUGAAAGUGCUGGAGGACUGGAUCAUCAUUUCCAUGGACCAUCUGUCUCUGCCCACACAACAAAGAAGGACCCAGGAUGGUGUUAGUUCAUGUUGGAUAUCUGGUUCUCCCCGUCUUCGGCCUCAGUUAGAAAUAGAGUAUCGAGGCUGGCUCUACAUUCCGCAUUUCUCAGAGCUUUGUCCCCCUCCAUUGUGUAGCUAACGAUCAUCUGCUGCUGUCUGCCGUAGCCUCUGCCUGUUCUCUGCAUCUAGCUGUAUUGUGAACCCCUUCUUCCUCAUUUCCUCUUUCCAUCUGAAGACGACAUUUGGCAUUAAAACCGAGUUCCCACUCAUACCGUAUCCUUCUGUGUAACAGACUAAAGAAUAACACCUUCUGUAGAAACAGUUUGUCUUUAUUUAAACCUGUCAUGUUGCUCUUCAGUGAAUAACCCAUUGUAGCAUUAGCCUUUACUCCAACAAACUGUCAUUGUGAUUCUCCCAUUCAGUGUGGAUAGACUACAUUCUGCUGUAAAUGUCUGUAAAGUGGAUACAUUUUGAUCCUCCCCGAUUCCAUUACAGCCAGGAUGAUGAAAUCCCCUUAGGUGCAUUGUACCAGCUUUUGUAAUCUUUAAAUCCCAUUAUCCUAACAAUCACCAAUUGACCAAAACCCGUAGUGCUAAAAUCACAGCGAUGUGUGUGAUGUUAUUCUCACCUUUGGAUAUGGCCCACUGCACCUGUUCUAGUGGGCAUCAACCCUCCCAUGUGUGAAAGCCUUUGUUCCUGCUCGGUUCAUUGAUUUCAGUCACAAUAAUCUCGGCGAGACUAACUCAUCUUGCCAUUUAAAAAGAAAAGACUCCCCCCACUGCCAUUCAGUCUCUCCUCCAGAAUGCUAUCCAUGUGACAGGGAUGUGUAUAUCCUGCACUGCUGUAGAACUCCUUUUAGAAUGAAAAUGUCUUUUUAUUCUUUGGUUGUGGUUUUUUCUACCUUGUAUUAGAUCCUAAUGCAUGUUCAUUUCUUUAUACUUUUGUUUUUCCACAUUGAACAGCAGAUUCCAAUGUAAACGUUGUGUAGAGAUGUCCCUGCUAUACUGAACUGUGCUGUAAGCAUACACAUCUACUCAUUGAAUGCUGCUUCUGUUCUGUUAACCCUACAGAGAGCAUGGUCGGGGGCCUUGCCUUUGGUCUUUAUUUGCAUGAUAUUAUUAUGGUUAUAAAGGAAAUAUUACUCUUAUUAUCACACAGUGCCACACUUACUAAUAUUUCCCAAUAAAGACUGUAGUUUUCUUUCUAACCUUCAGUGUGCUUUUUGCUGAUUUCCAUGUGUGCCUCCUCCCCCCCCCCCCCCCCUUCCACACUGUGCUGUCACUGAGACGGCCCCUCACUCUCUAUGUGCUCUCAUUUCGAGUUUCUUCUUCAACUUACUGCUCUGGUUGGCAACCAAGUUUUCUAUCCAUUCUCAAAACAAAACGCAACCAAAACCAAACGCAUGUUGUUACUGAAACACAACCGGCUUUGAUAUUUAAUGUUACACGCUGUCAUUCCCUCCUAAUCCAUACACUUGUUUAUAAACGAGACACGGCCUCCUCACAUCCUCUCAUUGGUGUUCACUGGUGAUCAGAUAACAUUGGAACUACUUUGGCCGAUAUGGAUCAAAUCCUCUUUCUGGGUAAUAUCAUUUUAUAUAUGGUCACAUAUUCCAUUUUCUUCAACAACAAAACAAUGAACUACUAAUGUAUAUUUUUGGCUAAGAUAUGCAAAAAUCAUCUCAAAAUGUAAUAUUGAUAAUAUGGACAUUACAACAGUGAAUGUUCUCACGGUAUGUAUCAUAGGGCUGUCUGUUUUUUACAUUGUGUUAAGUAUUUUAUGACGUCUUUACCCUAAAAAAGAAACCCUUGAAAUGUGUCCUACAGAGAUCUGAGAAAUAGUGUCCCCUCAUCAGUGCUUGCCUCUUCAACAAACAUUGUUCUUGAAAGCAUAAACUCUAACAAUAUGAAUUGAAGCAGACGCAUCAUUGGAUACAUCUAUGAUGUGUUUGGACUUGGAUCAAAUGAGGAAACCCUAACCCUAUACAACUAGUAUUAUGGAAAGCCUAAUCUUUAUCUGUUAUAAUGCAGAAAUACCGUCUUUAAGGGAAUAAAUAAACAUGCAUUUACAAGUCAAUAAAGCUUUUAAAACUGGUUUGAUACAGCCCUAAUAUAUAUUACAUUACAUUGCAUUUAGUCUGACGCUUUUAUCCAAAGCGACUUACAAUAAGUGCAUUUCGACCAGGAAGACACAACCUUGAAGAAAACAGAAUCAUAAAGUACAUCACGGUUUCAUAGAGCCAAAACAUUUCAAGUGCUACUCAACUGGCUUUAGGUAGCCAGUCCUUUAUAGUAUAAAAGUGCUUCGUUAAUAGUUCUAUCGCUUGAAUAUAUCAUGAUAAAAUACUUACAGGAAUCUCUCCUUAUUUCAUACAAACUAAGGUCUGGGUACAUUUUGUGUGAAGGUUGCACAAGUCUGUUGUUAUUGAUGUAUUAUUUAGUGAAAUCCUCUUCUGCCAGUUAGCUAUAUUAUCAGAUCAAUACCUCCCUCAUGUCCUUAGCUUAGCUUAGCUUAGCUUAGCACAAACGACGGAAACGGGAAGUACAAAGGCGUGCUAGGCUCUGUAGAACAAUAACAGAAGAUCAACCUACUCUAACGCUCACUAAUGACAUGUCUCUUUGUUUGUUUGUGCCCGGCUAUUUCCUAGAGAGAAAUAGUCUCCAAGAAACAGUCAUCCCAUCAUUCUGGUAUGGAUUCAACAACAUUGAGUGGUAUCGAUGUUCUCAUAAAACUCUCCCCCUUUAAUAUCCAACUACCGAUGGAUUGGGAGUCUCCAAAUGUUUAGCAUAAUGACAAAUCCAUUUGGUUAAAUGAACAAAUGGCAACUAUUUAAUCUGGAGUGUUAUGUCUGUGACGUUGUGAAUCCCUCUCAUCCUUUCCGGUGAGAAGCAGACCUCGAGACUUACUCCAAUGUAAUCAAAGGAAAAAAGCACUUCUUCCAGCAGCAAGUCGGUCAUAUCAUUCAAAUAAACGCUCCUUGUUGUUCUUGAAUAACGUAGGGAUGUCUUUGCACGUCCUGACCUAAAGAUGCUUGUCUUACCCUUUAAGGUUAUUUAACAUGCUCUUGGUCUCAGUUUAAACGAUGCACUAAAAGUCUUGUCCUCUUCUAGCUAUGUCAGCCUUACAUCUGUUCACAGCGACUGAAAUAGAGCCAGUUAUUUAUGUGCAGACGCUAGCUGUGUCUGAGAUGUGUGUGCUUGGCAACUUUCUCCUCUGCAGCGACAGACUUUGAAAUAACUCAACAGCUGUACAUGCAUGAGUUUCUCCCCGGUAGCUGCCCUGCUCCAGGCACAUCAACACGAGACACACACACUGUCCUGAUGUGACUGGUGUUUAGCAUCAAGGUCAGAGCGUUGUGUGUGUGUGAGCACGUGGAGACAUUUGUAUGCAGAUUCUCAGAGCAGCUGUGCAACAUGCACGCGGAUUUGACUCCUGGUUGAUUUAAUGAAGGCUUUUCAAUGUAGAUUCGUAGCUACAGAGUGUCGAUAAGUCAAUGGAAAUCUGAGGUCACAGGCUCCUCCAACAGAGCAACACAAUAGUGCAAGUAAAUAGAAUAGUCUAUAUACAAGUCAUUGGAAUAUUGAUAUAAGUUGCAAACAGAUGGAUGUUCUUUUGAGAGUGAUAUCACCUGAUUUAAUGAGGGCUUUUCAAUGUUAAUCUGCACGCACAAGGCUCACAGUGUCACAUGAUAGAAGACCACCGCACCACGCAGAAGAGAGGAUUAUUUUAGGGGGGAGGUGAGAUCGUAAAGCUGCAGAGAUGGGAGCAGGAGGGGGGGAGACAGGUUUGAUGUCAGACUGCUGCAGUCGCGGAUGGGCGGGGCUUACGGGCUGUCACUCAAACAGGGACGCCAUGCCGCAGCCACACUGUGGGGGAGGGGCUGUGAGUGAGGAGAGGUGUGUGGGGGGUCUGUUCUGCAGCUAUCAGGCAUUCUGUCUGCAAGUCAACCCACAGAUGAAACAAUAACAACACUGCAUAUGUCAGAAUGUCCUGCUGUGAGAGGGGAGAGAUACUCUAAUGGUUACUGAACCCUCCUGUUGUCUUUGGGUCACAUUUGACCCGUCUAUAAAUGUUUUAAUAAUAAUAAUACAUUACAUUUAUGUAGCGCUUUUCCUGGUGCUCAAAGCGCGUUACAAGCAAGUAAAAUAACAACAAAAGUAAAAAGUGCUAAACUAGGUGGAAUAAGCGCGAGUGGAUUAGGAGUUUUUAUGUCAGAGAAAUAGGUUUUUUAAUCUAAUGCUUGAAUGUUCUUUACGAGAAAAAUGUAUGAUCACUAUUUGCAUUGAAUUAUGGCAGUGUUACGUAUAUCAAAAUACACUCCUUACUAAACGUUGACAUAUACCAGUGAUAGUUCUGAUAUUAACUAAAGUCAAACAAUGAUGGGGUUAUGAUACUAUAGGCUUAUACGCAGAGUCCAAACCAGGACCCGAGUUGCACAAUUGGAGAAAGACAAACACAAAGGUUAAAGCUUCACUCUUACCCGGGUCAGAGGCUUCUUACAACGUUCAUGUCCAGCCGCAGCCAAUCCAGAGGAGAGCGUUCUGCUGCCAUUUCUGCUCUACUUCCUCAGACUAAUGUUUGUUGCUCAGCGGCUCUCAGGGUCACUGGCAACGUGUCCUCCUCAGGGCUGUGAGCAAGGCACAGAGUAACAUGUCAUAUUAACAAUAAUGAAAGGAGCCGCUUGACAUUUUGGGAAGGAAACAUGCCUUCUGGUGGAGAGUCAGAAAGAAGAUUAAUACCCCGAUGUCAAGGUUUCAAGGCUGUUAUUGUCAUAUAGCUACAGUAUAGAUGAGUCAAUGACAUUGAGGUCACAGGCUCCUCCAACAGAGCAACACUAAAACAGAUACAAUAGUGCAAGUAAAUCAAAUAUAAUAGAAACUGCCAUUUGUCUGUUAGAUAAAAGGCGGUUAGCUUAGCACAAAGAAUAGAAAAGGAGGGAAGCGGCUAGCAUGGCUCGGUUUGAAGGUCACCAAACGUUAGCCCUUUCACGUUUUUAAAGAUCAGUCAUUUACAAGAAUAUCUUUUAUUUUCUUAUUGCAUAUAAAACCUAACAUUCCCAGACUUUAUGGGAUGGGAACAGUAACUUCCCACAGUCACAAAACUAAGAAUUCUCCACAACAGGCUUCAUAAAACUACAAAAUGGCGGGUGUUUUUUUCAACACAUUGAAGAAAGCAAAAAUACAUUGUUAUGUAGUGAUUUUAAAGAUCUUUGGUCAGAGCAACUGUUUAUUUUCCCACUUAAAAGCUAAGCUACGCUAACAGGCUGGAGCCUUAUAGCAGAUUAUAAAGUGUAUUGAUCCUCUGCUCUUACUCUCAGAGGGAGAAAUCAUUUCCUAAAGGUUGUAUUUAUCCUUUGAAUAAACGUGAAGGGCACUCAGAGGGCGCAGACAUUCAACGAGAAGAAAUGAGGAUGAAUAAUGCAUCACCCGAAACAGCUCAAGCUACAUCCGUUCAAAAGGUUUAAUGAAAACAGAAAGACGAAAACUAAUUUCAUGAGUGGAAAAACAAAAAAGAAAUAUACAAAUAAGGAUUAUAAAAAAUUGUAUGACGUUAAAAUGUGUGUUAAUUAGAGUUGGGUUCAAUAUAUCAACGAAGCAUUAAUCCUCUCUUCAUAUUAGACAUUCACUGUCAUUCCAUUUAACAAGUGCAGCUCUAAUCGGCCUGACUCAGCAAUGCAGACAAUUAUCUCCUCCCAUAAUGCAAAGCUCAAUACUCCACCAGUACUUCAUUAUCCACAGUCCAUUAGGGCUGACACUCACUAUUACUUUCAGUUUCCAUCCUUUGUUUGCUUUUUAAAACAUCAGAAAAUAGUGAAUCAUCUCGUUUUGUCAGCCAAACACUUUAUAACACAGGAAAGCAGGAUAUCUCCAUCUUUGAGAGUCUGAAAACUGCUUUUUGUUGCUUGCACAGAAAAAGACUUUGACACUCAAUCAAUGAUCAAUAUAAUAAUAUAUAAGUGACUAAUGAUCCACCCUCAGACCCUGCCGUCUGCUAAAAAGCUUCGAUAGGCAGCUGAGUCGUUCCAGACUCUUUUCUCUCAGCUCGGAUUAAUUCGUAUCGAUUGUUUUGUGUAACUUGAUACUCCGUUGAUUCAGAGGCACACAGACUCUGAUAGGAAGGAAGAGAGAUGGAGGCGGAUAAUCAUCUGCUGGGUUUUAAUGAGGAAUCUAUGGCUGCUCCUUCAAAACAGCAGACAUGAAACGGAGAUGAAAUCGAUUACAUUGAUUAGCCAGAGGAACCAAAAGUCAACCCUCGGUGCCGUAGAUCUCUCCGGAAACACUCCAGGCUGUUUAGAGGAGAUCCAUCCUUCCUGCAGGCGGUGGGGGUGCAAUCUGUGAAGGGUUGAGAUGGCGCUCCACGGGGGGUCUCUGCAUGUCUGUGUCCUCCAUCUGCCGUCUGUCUCUUCCUGUGUCCUAUUUUUAUUCAAUACAAAGAUUCAAAGGUUUAAUUGUCACAUGCACAAAGUACAGAGUAGAAAUGGCAAUGACAUUCUUCUGACCUGAGCCCCUCCAACAAUGCAACAUAUAUAAUAAAAUACAAAAUAAAAAGACUAUAUACAUCUCAAUAGAAUAUGAAAUUAAAUAAUGUAAAUUAAGACGACAUUAAAUAUGUUUUUAUGUUUGUGUGAAUGGUAACUGGCGUCAUUUAUGAGAAGGGACAUACAAGUGUUUUUAAAUGGCCUUUUUUGUCCUCACAGCUUUUUAAAAGUAACAUUGGUUCAAACAGUAACUUCCCACAGUCACAAACAGGCUUCAUAAAACAACACGCCGGGUGGUUUUAUGGUUUUUUCUGAACACCAUUCUUCAACAUAUUAACAAAACAAAAUACACUGUUAUUUAGUAAGUUUAACAGGGUGUCCGCGGGGUCUGAAAAAGUAUUAAAAGUUGAUAAAUUAAUUUAGCGAAAAUGAAGGCAAUUAAACGGCAUUCUCCAAGGUUUUACAUUUUGUAGCUUGUUUUCAAUAAGUAUAUAAAUGGUCCAAAGAGGUUGUAUUCUACAGUCUGCCUGAAUGUAAUCAUGGCGUAGGUGUGUAGUGUGAUUCUGUGUAGUUUAUUGAUGGCAUCCCGUUGGGUUUGACGUCAUCUGAACAGGACAUCGCACGCUCACUGCUUGAUAGCGCGCGGAGGUCCGUUUACGCCGGUUGCUAAGCAACAUCGUUAUGGGGAAAUGCAAGUCUGCGUCCAAAUGGUUGGAAGAUAAGGAGGAAGGACAAUCAAUACUGUAUAUAGUCAAUGUGAGGUAAAGUGUGUCGCCAAGGUAACCGGUUAGAACUCGAAGUGGAAAGGGUCCAAAGAUCCAAAAAUACUUAAAGUUCCAAAAAUACUUAAAGUUCCAAAAAUACUUAAAGAUCCAAAAAUACUUAAAGAUCCAAAAAUAUCGCAAAUGGUUGGAAGAUAAGGAGGAAGGACAAUCAAUACUGUAUAUAGUCAAUGUGAGGUAAAGUGUGUCGCCAAUGUGACCGGUUAGAACUCGACGUGGCGAUGAGGUCUUAAAAUGUAUGGAAAGGGUCUUAAAAAAGGUCUGACUAACUGUUUCUUCUACCUUUGUGAGGUGAAGAUGGCGCUAAAAGUCAAAUUUGCGCACAAAGAAAUGCGAUAAAUAAGAACCCUUUGAGAAACAUCGGUUUGCUCAAGAAAACACGUCAUCUUGAGAAAAAGUCACAGUUGGUGGGUAUGAGAGUUUACAUUUGAAGUGACACAUUUAGUAGUAAACUUGCAGCAGCAGGGCUCAGGCACUGUGAUCAAUAACUCGUAUCAGCUUUAAAGACUACUGAUUCUAAAAUUACUCAGAAGUGUGCAUGUGCUGUUCUGAAACACAUUCUUAACAAAGUUACUUCUUGUCCAAGUUUUUCACGCUGAAUGUGAACAUGACAAACAUUAAAUGACAGAAGUUAAAUCUACAAAUAUUUGAAUACUUACUUCAUCAUAUUGAAUUGUUCCUGGUGCCUGACUUCAGUAGAAGUACAUGUUUCUGGUAUCUUUACUCCACUACUUAUUUUUCUGACGACUUUUUACUUUGACUUUUUACAUUUCUUACACAAAUACCUGUACUUUCUACUUCUCACAUGUUGAACACUAAUACCUGUACUUUCUACUUCUUACAUGUUGAACACAAAUACCUGUACUUUCUACUUCUUACAGUAGAAGUAAGUAAUUCUUACUUAUUUUGCCAUCAGGUCAGGUACUCUUUAAAAGAGCUGGCAGUUAGGGUAUUUUUUAUUUAAGUACAUUUCAAAGCCUGUUCUUUACUUUUACUUGAGGUAAGGAGCUUAGUCAGUACUUCUACUUUGACCAGAGUAUUUUUAAACACUUUACUUCUCCUUGAGUAAAGGAUGUGUGUACUUCUCUCUGACCCCUCCCCCUCUCUCCCUCUCAGGAGCUCACUUCACUCGGCAUCAGCACAGCCAUGCUACCUCCUGCCGACACUUCACCUGGCCGCUCCUCAGGCCCCCCCUCUCAGCAGAGUUUCCUCUGGGACCCCCGCCCCCUCAGAGUGGUUUGGCCCCCCACCUGACCCCCGCCCCCCCCCCACCACCCAGCGCCCCUCACGGCCCUGCCUGCAACCCCCGCAGUUCCAGGAUGUGCCCGGACCUCCAUUCCUACCUCAGGCUUUACACCAGCAAUACCUCAUCCAGCAGCAACUCCUGGAGGCCACGCACCGCCGGAUCCUGCCCCACUCCAG